AUGAUCAACCUCAGGAGGGAAUCGAAAUUUAUCCUGAAGCUGCGGAGGAGCAUGGGGCAUUGGCCAUCUCUAAACAACGGGAGAGCCAAAUGGACGCCCCGCUCGGGAAUGGCAAACCACCACGCGCUGACGAGUAAGCGGCAUUUGAGUUUACACGAGUAUAUAUCAAUAGAUCUGUUGCGAAACAAUAUGAUCCCAUGUGCACAAGGGUACGCAGCGAAAACGCCAGAGGAGGCGGAGGAAAAGGCCCUGGAGCUGCAAAACCUCUGUGGAGACGUCGACUUAGUAAUAAAAGCGCAGAUAUUAAGUGGAGGAAGAGGAGUGGGGUAUUUUAAAGAAAACAACUUCGAAGGAGGAGUUCACAUCUGUCGCAACAGUACAGAAGUGAAAGAAAUAGCAUCGAAGAUGUUAAGAAACACACUGGUGACCAAGCAGACAGGAGAGGAGGGAAAGAAGUGCAACACCGUUUUUAUAUGCGAAAGGUUUUACAUAAGAAAAGAAAGGUAUGUUGCGCUUUUACUGGACCGAAGCUCAGAUGGGAUAGUCCUCCUGGGAUCCUCCACGGGAGGUUCCUCUAUCGAAGAAAUAAGCAAAAAGAACCCAGAGGCUAUACACAAAAUGAGGAUAGAUGUACAAAACGGGUUCAGCAGCGGGCAAUCACGUGAAUUUUGCGAAAAAAUUGGGUUCAAAAAUACCCAAUUGGACAUCGCCACAGAUGUAAUAGCGAACCUAUAUAAAAUCUUUACACAGUAUGAUUGCACGCUGCUCGAGAUUAACCCCUUUUCGGAGACCAACGAUGGGAGGGUCCUCUGCUGUGAUGCCAAACUGAAUUUCGACGAUAACGCAGAGUACCGACAGAAGGAGAUAUUUCAGAAGAGGGAUCUCUCUCAAGAAAAUGCUGAAGAAAUACAAGCCAAGAAAUUUAACUUAAAUUACGUUUCCCUUGAUGGGAACAUCGCUUGCAUGGUCAAUGGGGCAGGCCUAGCCAUGGCUACCUUAGAUCUGAUUGUACUGCAUAGCGGUUCUCCCUCUAACUUCCUCGACGUCGGUGGAGGCGCAACGGAGGACGAAAUUACAGAGGCAUUAAAAAUUAUUAACAAAAAUCCCAAGGCCAAGGUGUGCUUUAUUAAUAUCCUGGGGGGCAUCAUGAGGUGCGACAUCAUCGCCAGGGGCAUUAUUAGGGCAUUCAAAGAGGAGGCCGCCUUUGGGAAGCCCCUCAUAGUCAGGCUGGAGGGGACGAACCAGGACGAGGCGGAGGAGCUCCUCCGCCAGUCGGGCGUCAAGUGCGUUUUCUGCCAGGACAUGAACCUCGCCGCGCAGAAGAGCGUCGCCAUGGCGCGCAUCAUGGAGACCGCCGAGGGAGCGGGCGUGCGGGUCGCCUUCACGUGA